GGGGCGCGCGGCGGCCAGAGGCCACAGUUCCAUGGAGGGGGAGGCGGUGGCCCGGGACCUGCUAGCUUUAGGAUAUGAGGUUCUACCGGAGGCGGUGUCUCGGGGCGCCUGGUGUUCAGACUUCAGGGCGCUGUGCGCGCGGCUGGCGGCCGAGCUGGCGACUCUGGGCGCCCUGGAGCAGCGAGAGGAAGGCGCCGAGGUGCUGAGCGCCCGCGACGGUCCGGCCGCGGAGGACGAGUUCCUGCGACAGUUGGCUGGCCUGCUGCGGGCGUUGCACUGCCCCGACCGCGCGCUCUGCGGCGAAGGGCGCGCGCUCGCGCUGCGGGAGCCGGGCGCGGGCCUGCGCCUGCUGCGUUUUCUUUGCUCUGAGCUCCAGGCUGCUCGUCUUUUGUGUCUGCAAUCCUCGCAGGAUCUCAGCUGUGUGCCACCCCUUAGGGAAGGGACAGAGGGCACCGGUGUGGUCCAGGAACUGUUGCUCACCCUCCAAGCUCUGGGAAUGCCUAAACCCAUGCCAAGAACCCCUGCCAGCCAGCUACUUCGAGAGAUACAUGCCAAGAUCUCAGAGCUCCUGCCUUCCAUGCCCCCAGGGUCCAUGCAGCCCCUCCUUAGCCACCCACUGGAUUCACCACAGUGGGAAGCACUGGACUCCCUGUCCCAAAGCCUGACAGAGCAAUAUGGCUGCCGCCGCUGCCUCCUUCUCAAGCGCCUGGACCUCACGACAGCUGCAUUCCAUUGGAGCGAUCGAGCAGAGACCCAAGGAGAAGCCAUGAAGGCAGUGCUGAUCCCACUUCGAGAACUUCUGACCCCAGAAUCAGAUGUCUCUGUUGCACAUGUUCUGGCUGCCCGAGCUGACCUUUCUCGUCUGAUCCCAGCCACCAGCGUGGCUGCCCGCCGAGGGACCAGCUGUGCCAUCAACAAGGUGCUUAUGGGUAACGUGCCAGACCGGGGAGGCCGCCCAAAUGAACUGGAGGCUCCCAUGCCCAUCUGGCAGAAGCGAAGGGAAGAUGGAGGAGGGUGGAAGUCAGGCCACCAGCGCUGGGGUCACAAGAAGAAGAAAAAGAAGUAAAAGGGGCUGGGGGUAAUCUUUGGGGAGUCAGCUUGACAGUUGGUACCUGUCAUCCAGAGUCCCUGUCCUGGAGGUCUCCCCCAAAAUGUCCCAUACCCCACAUAUCAUUCAACACCAAGAACCAUGCUCUCUGGAAAAUAAAUUUAAUUUUUUGACAA